AUGGCCCAGCCGCCGCCUCUGCGUCGUGUGCCGCGCCUCGAGGCCGACGACUACUACCUACACGAUCCCCUCGACGACCCGUACCGGGGCCCGCCGCCGCGCCGCCACAAGUCGGACCGGCACCGCCGCGCGCCGCCGCCGCCCGGCUAUGGCCCGGAGCCCGCCUUCGUCCCAUGGCGAGGCCGGGAGCCGCCGCCGCCGCCUCGCGAGUGGAGGGCGGCCCCGGCUCGCCGUCCGCGCAGCCCGCCGCCUCCCCACUACUUCUCGGGCGAGCCACCGCGCCGCGAGCCCCCGCGUCGCCGGGACCAUCGGCCCUCGCCUUCUCCGCCCCGGCACGAUCGCCGCUUCGUGCCCCCGCCGUCGCCGCUGCAGCGGGACCGCCAUGGCGACGGCGAUCCGCGCUCGCAUCGGUCGCGGGCGCCGUCUCCUCCCGCCCCGGGCCCGAGGCACAGAGGCCGCGAGGGCCCUCCGCCACCGCCGCCGUAUGCCGAUGGCGGCCCCGACCCUCGCUCCCGCCGCUCUCGACCGUCCUCCGAGGACGCGCGGCCGAGGAGGCGACGAGGCGACGAGCCCCCGCCUCAGGCUCCGCCACCUCCCUAUCAGACGGCUCGUGGAGCUGGCGACCACCCCGACAGCGACGAGCACGACGGGGACAGGCGGCGACGCCAGGCCCGCUCCCGAGGCCGAUCGAUGCACAGGGACGCGGCGCCGUCGCCCCAGCCAACAGGCCGUGAUCGCGGUCCACCCUUGGCGGCCGGUGGCGGCGGCGGCGGCAAGUCUGGCAGUGCGGCACGGCGCAACUCGAUGCCGGCCGCCAUUGCGAAAAAGGGCGCGGCAUGGUGGGCAAACCCGCUGGUCAAGGCCGGGGCUCGCACCGCCUUCAGCGCCGGCGCGCAAGCCGCCAUGCAGAGCCGGCACGACCCCAGCCCGUGGCUCGGCGCCAAGGGUGCCAAGGUGGCGACGGCGGCCCUCGGCGCCGCCCUUGUCGACGGCUUCAUGGCCGAGAAGCACCCGGGCACCAUGCGGCAGGACGUGAUGCGCCACGGCAUGGACGCCGUCAUUGGCGACGUCUCGAAGCGGAGCGCGGGCGAGAAGGAAGGCUUCCACCGCAGCAGUGGUGGUGGUGGAAGUAGGAGACGCCAUCACCACUAG